CAUCAACUUGCGAUUCAGACUUCAUGUUUAGAUUUGUGCAAAUUKUCAAUAUUUUGCCAAUUUACCGCAUUUAAAUCACCUUCUAAUUGUUACAACUUUCGUCGUGUACAUAAUGAGCGGGGGUUUAGCACCCAGCAAAAGCACAGUGUAYGUGUCGAACCUGCCGUUCUCACUGACCAACAAUGACCUACACAAGUUGUUUACUAAAUAUGGGAAAGUUGUGAAGGUUACAAUAGUCAAGGAUAAAGACACUCGUCAGAGUAAAGGAGUGGCGUUUGUUCUCUUCCUGGACAGAGAAUCGGCUCAUAACUGUGCAAGAGCGGUGAACAACAAACAAUUGUUCGGCCGAACAGUGAAAGCCAGCAUUGCCAAAGACAACGGGCGAGCAGCCGAGUUCAUCAGGAGACGAAACUACACCGACAAAACACGAUGCUACGAAUGUGGGGAUACAGGACACCUAAGCUAUGCGUGUCCCAAAAACGUGCUCGGGGAGAGAGAGCCUCCAAAGAAGAAGGAAAAGAAAAAGAAGAAAAAGGCACAACAACCUGAACAUGUUGAAGAAGAAGAAGAAAGUGAAGAAGAGGGAGAAGACCCAGCCUUAGACAGUUUAAGCCAAGCCAUAGCUUUUCAGCAAGCUCGUAUGGAUGAGGAGGAGAAAAAGCAGAAGAGGCAGGCAAACGAAGACAGUGCUCACGUGUCGACAUCUUCAGACUCGAGAAAACCCAGGAUCAAAAAGAGCGCAUAUUUCAGUGAUGAAGAGGAGCUCAGCGACUAAAGAUUUACAGACUUUUUUAAAACUGUCUAUUUUUAAU